CUAAAGAUGAGAGAGAUAGUGUGUGUAGAAUAGGUUUAUUCUGAAUUAAAAAAUUUCUUCUUUUUCUUUUUAUAUAUCUUUAUUUUUUUCCUUUUUCUUUUGAAUUUUAAAUUUAAGAUGAAGAUCGUACAGUGAAGAUAGUAUCAUACAUGUGUGUCUUGAUGUGGGUCGCUUUGCUUUAAUUAUGCUGCAACGAACUUGAGAGAGAAAGAGAGAGCAAGAGAGAGAGAGAGAGAGAGAGAGAGAGAGAGAGAGAGAGAGAGGUGUUUCUUCUCCUUUGAUUGCUAUUCAGGUUCUAUGUGGAUUGUGUCUCUGGCUUGUUACUGGUUAAGAAAUUGAGUAUUGAUAACCCAUUAUUGGUUCUGGAUGAGGAAAAAUACAUGUUUUUUGUCCUUGUUGGUUUCUCAUGAAAUGGUGAUGAGGUGAAGGAAUUGAAGCUCAAUUUGUUGCAGAUUGAUGGGAGAAACCCUCUUGGUUAUGCUGUAUGAAGUGUCUCAAUAAAGCUUGCUUCUUGAUUAUUAUCCCAGAUUGCUUUGUGUGAGAGUGUAUACAAGAAAGCUAUAAUGCAUCUUUCACUGUGGAAGCCCAUUUCUCAUUGUGCUUCUCUGAUCAUGGACAAGAAAGGCAGGAGGAAAGCUGAAUCCACUGCUGACAUAAAAAGAAACCCAUCAAUGCUGCGGAAGUUGCAAGAAAACAAGCUGAGGGAAGCUCUUGAAGAAGCUUCAGAAGACGGAUCACUCUCCAAAUCGCAGGACAUGGAACCUGAAACUGUUGGGAACCAGGAUGAGAGCCUCGGCAGAUCUAGAUCAUUGGCCAGGUUGCACGCACAGCGCGAGUUCCUUCGCGCCACUGCCCUUGCAGCCGAACGCACAUUUGAGUCUGAGGAGGAAAUUCCGAGCCUCCAAGAAGCGUUUUCCAAGUUCCUCACCAUGUAUCCCAAAUAUUUGUCCUCGGAGAAAGUUGAUCAGUUGAGGACUGAUGAAUAUUCCCAUUUGCCACCAAAGGUAUGUCUUGAUUAUUGUGGAUUUGGUCUCUUCUCUUUUGUUCAGACCAUUCACUAUUGGGAGUCUUGUACAUUUAGCUUGUCUGAGAUAACUGCAAAUUUGAGUAACCAUGCACUUUACGGUGGUGCUGAGAAAGGAACUGUUGAGCAUGAUAUAAAGGCUAGAAUUAUGGACUACUUGAAUAUCCCAGAGAGCGAAUAUGGCCUUGUUUUUACUGUUAGUAGAGGAUCGGCUUUUAAAUUGUUGGCUGAAUCAUACCCUUUUCAAACGAACAAAAAACUGUUGACGAUGUUCGAUCAUGAUAGCCAGUCUGUUAAUUGGAUGGCUCAAUGCGCCAGAAACAAAGGAGCAAAAGUGUAUAGUGCAUGGUUUAAAUGGCCAACUCUCAAACUCUGCUCUACUGAUUUAAGAAAACAGAUUUCCAAUAAGAAGAAGAGGAAGAAGGAUUCAGCUACCGGACUUUUUGUGUUCCCAGUUCAGUCUAGAGUAACUGGGGCUAAGUAUUCGUACCAAUGGAUGGCCUUGGCACAGCAGAACAACUGGCAUGUCUUGCUUGAUGCCGGGUCGUUAGGCCCCAAGGACAUGGAUUCGCUUGGCUUGUCCCUUUUUCGGCCAGAUUUUAUAAUUACAUCAUUUUACAGGGUAUUUGGUUAUGAUCCCACAGGUUUUGGUUGUCUUUUGAUCAAGAAAUCUGUGAUGGCAAGCCUUCAAAAUCAAUCUGGGAGCACCGGGUCAGGUAUGGUGAAGAUUACCCCUGAGUUUCCCGUGUAUUUGAGUGAUUCUGUAGAUGGUUUGGAUAGAUUGGCUGGGAUUGUAGACGAUGAAGUCAAUGGAGCUGGUGAUAAGACAUUUGAACCUCGCCAGGGAUCACAAUUGCCUGCUUUCUCUGGUGCAUACACGUCUGCACAAGUUAGAGAUGUAUUUGAGACUGAAAUGGAUCACGACAGUUCUGAAAGAGAUGGAACCAGCACUAUAUUUGAAGAGACAGAGAGUAUAUCUGUUGGAGAAGUGAUUAAGAGCCCCGUCUUUAGCGAAGACGAAUCGUCUGACAACUCAUUUUGGAUUGAUUUGGGGCAGAGUCCAUUGGGAUCAGACAGUUUAGGUCAAUCAAAUAAACAGAAGAUAGCUUCUCCCCUGCCACCAUUCUGGUUUAGUGGGAGGAAAAACCAGAAGCAACAUUCUCCAAAAUCAUCUUCCAAGAUGUAUGGCAGUCCUAUGUAUGAUGACAGAGAGGUUAACCUUGGUUCUCAUGACGAACAGCGUGUGCUGUCAUUUGAUGCUGCUGUUCUUAUGUCACAAGAACUAGACCGCGUCAAAGAGGUCCCUGAAGAAGAGCAGAUUGAGGAAGUUAAUCAUUAUCCAAUAAACGGAAAUGGUCCAGAUCAUCCGCAUGUCAGUGAAAUAAUGGAAGAACCUGGAACUAGUGAAGCAGCUCAUAAUGGAUCUGUUGCUCUGAGAGACUCUUGGCUCAAUAAUUCUACUUCCCUUGCUCGGCAUCAAAGCCUGGAAAAUGGCUCUUCCUCUGAUAUUAAAGAGAGUGCCAUAAGGAGAGAAACUGAAGGUGAAUUUAGGUUGUUUGGUCGGAGAGAAGGCAAUCGUUAUGGUGGUGGUAGGUUGUUUGGUUUGGAAGAUGAUGAACACAAUAGCAGAGGAAGAAGAGUGUCGUUUAGCAUGGAAGACAAUCACAAAGAGCACCUAAGAGAGACCAUGGAGACAGGGGACAUAUCUGCGACUAGCUUAGAUGAAGAAGAGGUCUCAAGUGACGGAGAAUAUGGUGAUGGACAGGAUUGGGGCCGGAGGGAACCUGAGAUUGUCUGUCGAAAUAUUGAUCAUGUUGAUAUGCUUGGUCUUAAUAAAACUACGCUUAGACUUCGGUUUUUGAUAAAUUGGCUUGUUACUUCACUACUGCAACUGAAGUUACCAGUUUCUGAUGGGGAUGAAAAAGUAAACCUUGUUCACAUCUAUGGUCCAAAAAUAAAAUAUGAAAGAGGUGCAGCUGUGGCUUUCAACCUCAGGGACAGAAGUAGGGGGCUAAUCAAUCCUGAGAUUGUUCAAAAGCUUGCUGAAAAAGAAGGAAUCUCUCUUGGCAUUGGUAUUCUUAGUCAUAUACAAAUUCUUGAUAGCUCAAGACAGCCGCGUGGAGCUUUGAAUCUUGAAGACACAACACUUUGCAGGCCUAUGGAGAAUGGUCGCCGUGAUGGAAAAGGUAGCUUUGUGAGGCUUGAAGUUGUCACAGCUUCGCUGGGAUUUCUGACUAAUUUUGAGGAUGUAUAUAAAUUGUGGGCAUUUGUGGCAAAGUUUCUUAACCAGUCAUUUAUCAGAGAAGGCGGUCUUCCUACUGUUCAAGAAGGCUCUGAGACAUGAGAUGGCACAGUCACCGCCCGUGACUUUAUUCAAUUUUGGAUACUGAAGAUGAAAAUUAUUUAUCAAAUGUCGUUAAAAGGGAGCUCUGGCCAGAACCUGCAGAGCCAAAAUGAUAAUUUGUAUGCUGCUAGAUAAUCAGAUAUGCUUAUCUCUGCAUCAAAUUCGGAUAAACAAGACUAGCUGGUGGAUUUGUUAAUUUAUGUUUCUUGUUGCUUACAAUUAUCAUUUUCCUCUUUAUUUUUAUUUUUUUGAGCUGGUUGUAGAGUUGGCUUUACAGAGUUGUUACAUAUUGGGUAGCCAUGAUGUACUUUGAAGCAAGAUUGAAUGGGUAUAACUUCUACUGCUAAAUACUUUUCCUUUGUUGCAUACAAAAGGAUUACCAUCUUUUGUAAAAAGGUAGUGUUCAUUUUUAUGCUAUAGUUUAUGGUACCAUUCAAUGGGAGCUUUCUUUGUCGACUUAAAUUGUGUUCCUUAAUAUUAGUGAUAAUUAUUCCUUAAA